GCCGUCAUCGAGGUCUUUAGCAAGCAGUUCUAACUCCUACAUUCUACUCUUCUGUGAGCCGUCCUGAUGUUCAAUAUGGAACAAACAAGCUUGGACCCUGCUCCUGUUUUAUCAUAUCUUGGUCUGCCUCAGGAUUAUGGGCCAUGCCCAGCUCACAGUCCAAUCGAUUUUCUAACCCAACACCUGCGACAUUUACCACCAAAUAUCCUCGCUCAGUUCUCGUCUGUAACAACACCCAAGCAACGGACAACUGUGUCCGCUAUACGCAAUAGACGUUUAAGGUAUACAGAAUCUAAUCCACCUGAAUUGAGCUUCACAGGAGCCAAGUCGACAUGGCCGACCCUGUGGCAAGGGAGGGAGCCUCGUGGAAAAGAUGAAGCCAAAGAAGAGCAGGAAUGGGCCGAGAAACAAUUUCUUGAAGGCCAGGAGAAGCAUCUUGGAAAACUGGGUGCUUUGCUCGGCGCAUACGAGGAGGAGCGCGAGGCGGAAAGGUUCAGGAGUAUUCGUCGCCAUGAAGCCGAACUCGCAGAGUCACUCCCAGAGGAGGAUGAAGAUACCGAUGAAGACGAGGAACCUGGUGCGGCACCUCUAGAAGAGUUGACUCCCGAGGAUGCUCAAGAAUUGUUUUUGCGAAGAGUCAAAGAGCGCUUCAUCUAUGGCUUGCUUGACUCAAUUGAUUAUGAAAAGGUCGAUUGGGAUGAACGAUGGGACGUUGGCAUCGAUAGGGAUGAGGAAGAUCGUUGGUUCGACGAAGAAGAGGAGAGUAUCGCAGUUGACCUUGGAAUAUAAGCAUGCUCGAACAUCAGCCAAUGAUCUUCGCGAUGGGCUCUCUUUCUGUGUGGUAUGCCGAGAAUUCAACCGACUCG